CGUCAUCACCUUCUACCGCUGAGCAGUGGAGCCAGUCUAUCCUAUAAGCGCGCUCGCAGCCAACCUGCAAACAUUCGCUGACACCUUCACAUUUCAGAGCAGGAGGCAAUGGCCACGAGGACCGACGCAUCGAUAUAGCCUGUUUGUCCUGGGAAGUUCUUUCUUCUUAGGCAACAUUUCGUUUUCAGGGAAAACGGUGCAUUGGAAGCAAUAUACGCCUCCUGGAACGAAUCAGCUCUAUCAACUGUAUGGGCUAUAGAUUACCUUGACAAGCAGUCUCGGUGAUUGACAGCAGGACCAAUACGCGAGGGUUGUCGAUGAGCUUAUUAGAAAAACUUUUUAACCGAAGGUUCUUAGUAUUAUCCGCCAUGGUGAUUUCGCCAUUUAGACUAUUGCAUUAAUUAUUCUUGAAAAAUACACAUCUUCACCUUGCUGCGGGUUUCCUUUUUAUUGCCACUGCGGAUUACAAUAUUCAAUCGGACGUAAAAGGCAUCAACUUCAUACGCCAGCUUCCCUGCGGACUGAGACAGUAGCUGUUUCUUACCACACUGUAUCUCCAAGACAAGCCCAUGUCGAUGGCGCAAAGGUACGAUGAGCUGGCCCAUUAUGGUGGUGGGAUGGACGGAGUUGGACUCCCGGCGUCUAUGUAUGGAGACCCGCAUGCUCCCCGGCCGCUUCCGCAAGUCCACCACCUGAACCACGGUCCGCCUCCUCAUCCAACCCAGCACUAUGGAGCCCACGCACCCCACAACAUCAUGCCCAGCAGCAUGGGCAGCGCUGUCAACGACGGGCUAAAAAGAGACAAAGAUCAAAUCUAUGGUCACCCGUUAUUCCCUCUGCUAGCACUGGUGUUUGAAAAGUGUGAGUUGGCGACCUGCACACCGAGGGAGCCUGGAGUAGCGGGCGGCGAUGUCUGCUCGUCAGACUCCUUCAACGAAGACAUCGCUGUCUUUGCAAAACAGAUACGUGCAGAGAAACCGUUAUUUUCAUCGAAUCCAGAGUUGGACAACUUGAUGAUCCAAGCUAUACAAGUAUUACGAUUUCAUCUUUUGGAAUUAGAGAAGGUGCACGAGCUCUGCGACAACUUCUGCCAUCGGUACAUCAGUUGUUUGAAAGGCAAAAUGCCCAUAGACUUGGUCAUAGACGACCGAGAUGGCUGCAAAUCUGACUUCGAUGACCUGACAGGAUCCUCCACAAAUCUAGCAGAUCACAACCCGGCAUCCUGGAGAGACCUGGAAGACGCCCACUCCACGCCUUCUGUGGGCACCCCGGGGCCCUCCAGCGGGGGCCACGUCUCCCAGAGUGGGGACAACAGCAGUGAACUCGGAGACGGCCUCGACAACAGCCUUGCAUCACCGGGCACAGGGGACGAGGACGACCAGGACAAGAAGCGGCAGAAGAAGAGAGGCAUCUUCCCCAAAGUUGCCACCAAUAUCAUGCGAGCGUGGCUCUUCCAGCACCUUACGCACCCCUAUCCUUCAGAGGAACAGAAGAAGCAGCUAGCACAGGACACAGGCCUCACCAUCCUGCAAGUGAACAACUGGUUCAUCAACGCCAGGAGGAGAAUAGUACAGCCUAUGAUUGACCAGUCUAACAGAACAGUGGGCCAGGGGACAGCAUACAGCCCUGACGGUCAACCAAUGGGAGGCUUUGUACUGGACGGACAGCAGCACAUGGGAAUUCGACCUGGUGGACCAAUGGGUGGCAUGGGAAUGAAUAUGGGCAUGGAUGGACAGUGGCACUACAUGUAAACCCUCUCCAACCAAGGCAAGCCUAAAGAAGACGGUGAAGCCUCUGUGGUUUGCUCAGGGAAAAUUCCAUCCUGCCGCGUGGUCCAAUGAAAGCGUGACUCCGCCCAAGUCACACCUGUACCCAUCAUCUGACCACGCCCACCACACAAUCACACUGGAGCAUAGAGGACCACACCUACCCUGGGACAACCCACACUUGUACAGACCCUGCCCACGUUGACCUUUACUAACUAACCCCAUGGCUGGAGGAAGACCAGGAUCUAGGAAUAAACAACAUUUACAGACAACAACAACAAAAAUACUUCUGAAUUAACAACAGAAGCUAAAAUGACCUCAACAACAUUUUGACAAAUUAGUUUUCUUUUUUAAAUUAUUUAUUUAUUUUUCUACAAUGGUGGACCAUUGGGACAAGAACUUUCAAGUAUUUGUUCAAGAUCUAUUGUCACAAUUGUACAUACACACAGCCCACACACACACACACACACACACACACACACACACACACACACACACACACACACACACACACACACACACACACACACACACACACACACACACACACACACACACACACACACACACACACACACACGCUCACUUAUACAUGUUCUCACACACACACACAUAUUCUCACACACACACACACACUACAUCCUAUGAGCACACCAUUUGAAAACAAUAUCUAAAAAGAUGAUGGAGACUAAGACUUUUAGUAGCUGUUGUGGUGUAUAGACUUGUGCUUUUUCAUUUGACUGGUCUGUCCAUGUUUGUGCUUUUGUGAUCACUAGUUUAUAGCGUGAGAGUUUAUCACUGAUCCCACCUUUAUGUGCUGUGGAAGAGAGAGAGAUUGACUCAGUUUGCAGCUCCAUCCAGCUCCCAGCAAAAUACCAAGCCCGCUUUUUAUAAGACUGAAAGAGCUGAUGAACUGACUCCAUACUGGUAAGGUGGAUCCUGGACUGACUUCCAUUUAGAUCGCAUUCAAAUAGUUUUAUAGCACACAGGAAGGAGGGAAGGGUUUCUACACUAAAAAACAAAAUAAAAACUCAUUUUAAAACUUGACCUCAAAUCUUUUGGAGGAAUCUUUUUUCCAGCACAUAUUCUCUUUCAUCUGGGAAAUAAAUAACAUUUUGGGGAGAAAAAGAAGAGGUAUGCCUUGAGCUAAUCAUAUUUUGUACAACAUAUGAUACGAUAUUGUGACCCAAUUAAUUUGGAUAACAUUAAGAGCUGAAUGCAUUCUUUUUUUCUGUUUUUUGGUGUUUGGUGGUUAUUUGCACAUUAGCUACCUCCUGCUUUGUAUCUAUGGUAAACAUUUAUGAAAUACCG